AUGGGGCGGCAUGCCUGGCUCCUCAUCGCCUUGACUCGACAGGUUUGGGCUGGCGUGUGGAGUUCGUCGCCAGCGCCGUGCCAUGACGACGAGUCCUGCAAGGCACGCUUGGACACCAUCACCUCCAAGCUGGAUGAGCUCAGAGACGAAAUGAGAGGCAAGCACCUCACUCUGCAAGCUUUGGAAGAGAUCCGUGGUGGGAUCCUUUCAGGGAGACGUGUGGAGCUUCCGUCAGCACAGCGACAGCACCUGGAGAAGGGGAGCCCGCUGAUCAGCGAAGUGACCUUCGACGCCAGGCACCGUCCCGUCUCGACGAACGUCAGCAGACACUUUCAGUCGCAGCGAGUGAUUGCGCCGAACCUAGAGGUGCGACACCACGCGUUUCUCACGCUGAAGCGCUCUACGCCUGGCUCGGCAAAGACCUCCGUUCCGGCUCUCCUGGUGAUUGUGGACGCAGAGUCUAAGUUGUCGAUCUAUUCGCUGGACAACGAGCCCCUUUUAGACAAGUUCGAUCUGGGGCACGGUGCGGGGCGAAACAUCGUGCAGCUCGAGAUGUCCCCGACCCAGGAGAACCACUUCAUCGUCACCGUGGAUGAUGAUGGCAACAUCAGGGUGCACAACAUCAAGAUCGUCGCCAAGAAGCAGAAAGCUGAGGGCGGGAAGGACAAAGACGAAGCAGAGGAAGAGCCCAAAGCAAAGGGGAAGGAUCCCAAGGAGGCUAGAACUCUCAAUGUCACAGCCAGUCUUGCCUCGAGCUUCACGCUGUCGCCAGGGGCGCUUGCGGAGGCCCGGAAACUGACCGUCGUCGUCCCAAUCGAGCGGGGCUCGCAGACUUUCUUUGUGGCUGGAGAUUCCUUGGGUGGACUCUCCGUGUUCUUCCGGAAUGGCACCAUGCGCGGCCGCGUGCGCGUCACCGAAGACCCGGGCGGCGUCAAGGGCCUCGUGCGAGGGCAGGGCCAGCAGCAAGUGCUGUUCUACAGCUCCCACGCUUUCGGCUUUUUCUCUCCGAGCCAGGUCGACCUGCAGUACGCGCCCUGCACCGGCUGGAACUCGCCUCUCGUGGAUCUGGCCAUGGAGCCGGGAUACUCGACUGGCCGGGUGCUCCUAGCCCUGCAGGAUGGGGAUGUGCUGGUGUAUGCCACUACCAGGGGCAAGAGCAAGGCAUGCGACCUGGCGCUGAAGUUUCCGCACGUCUCGGUGCUGCCGUUUAAACUCCACAGCUUCCGAGGUCACGUCAUGGCCUUACCGACCCCGCCGGAUGACAUGGAGAAGAAGGACGAAUAUGUCAGGGAGAUUUUCUUCUUCAAUGUGGCCGCCAUGGAAAACGGCUACGGGUCGGCGCCCUCGCGAGCCAUCACCCUUCAGGCCUCCUUCAAGCCCAAGCAGCCGGAGAACUUAGCCCUGCUGGGCCAGCCGACGGCCGGCCCUGGCGCGCAGGGAGGAGGAGGUGAAAAGGCCAAGUCGCAGAUCGCCAUCCGCUUCAAAGAUAUGCGUGGUGUCGAGGUCUUCGACUUGACGUUGAGAACGCCGCCGCCGCCCAAAGCUGCGCAAGCAGAAGGAGGUGGCAGCUCCAAUGGCUGGGAUCUGUCGAGCAUCAUGAGCUGGUUUCCCAAGAUCGGAGUCUUCGGCAUCGCACUGAUUGGCGUGAUCUUCUGGAACAUCAAGAAGGUCACAGGAGGGGGCGGCGGUGGCGGUGGAGGCGCCAAUGACCUGCCCACCGAUGACUUCGAC